CGCAGGCGCAGCUGGCUCGGCUGUUCGGUUGCAGCCGGACAAUACCGCGGCGCUCCGCUCCUCCGCCCCGCUCCCUCGGCAUGGCAGACGGCGAGCGGUCCCCGCUGCUCUCCGACCUUGGUGACGGAGCCCUCGGCAGCACCGGCAACGGCGGCGUGUCUCCAGGCCCGGCCCCGUACGGCCAACCCAACAAACCGCAGAGCUUCCCCCCGUUUCCCAGCCCCUCUCAGCCCUCCGUGCUGUUGGGAGAGGAUCCUCCGCCCUACUCGCCCCUGACGUCGCCCGAGAGCGGCAGCGCCCCGGUGAUCAGCUGCCGGGUGUGCCAGUCCCUCAUCAGCGUCGAAGGAAAGAUCCACCAGCACGUGGUGAAGUGCGGCGUCUGCAACGAGGCUACACCCAUAAAGAACGCCCCAGCAGGGAAGAAGUAUGUGCGCUGUCCCUGUAACUGUCUGCUCAUCUGCAAGGUCACAUCUCAGCGGAUCGCCUGCCCGCGGCCGUACUGUAAGAGGAUCAUUAACUUGGGGCCAGUACACCCCGGUCCAGCCAGUCCAGACCCACAACCUACUGGAGCACGAGUGUCAUGUGGCCACUGCAGCAACACCUUCUUGUGGACAGAGUUUACUGACAGGACGCUGGCCAGAUGUCCCCACUGCAGAAAAGUCUCCUCGAUUGGCCAGCGGUACCCGAGGAGGCGGAGCAUGUGGUGUUUCCUGCUCUGCUUGCUCUUCAGCAUCUCAGCAGCUGGACUGAUUGCGGGGACGUGGUCUCAGGCGCAGGUGUAUGGGGGGAUCUACGCUGCGUGGGCGGCUGUGCUGCUGCUGGUGGUGGUGACGCUGGCCAGAGCGCUGUACUGGAGCUGCCUACGGGUCAGCCAGCCCCUGCAGAACUUCACAUAGAAACCGAGAGAGGGAGGGA